AUGGAAGUUUUCGUUUUACUGAUUGCCACUCUGAUCUCAAUUAUCACUCCGUUUAAUUUUGUCGACAAUCAAAAAUCGAUCCACUCAUGUGAAAUAGGCGAUGUAGUACAGAACGGACGAGUAACGUGUACAUGCACUCAGAAUUACGUCUACGAGUGCCAACUUAAAAAGAAUCCCAAAAAUCAACCAACCAAACGACCUGCCAAGUCAGCUUGCCAGCCUAACAAGAUAUACGUCCAUGAAAGUACAACUUGCAUCUGUAACUACAACGGUACUUGGCCUCACAUCGCUUGCGCAGAUGCCUUCAGCUCCUUACCGCUGAAAGACGUCAUCAAAACUAGAUGUGAACCUGAUGGAUAUGCCUUCGUUGGAUGCAACGUCUGCAGAUGCAACUCCAAAGGCUACAUCGACAAAAGCAGAUGCACCAAAAACGAAUGCGGCGACAAAUCUCCUGAAAGACGAUCCUCCAAAGCCAGUAAUGUCUACGGAAAUUGUGAAGCCAAGAACUGGUAUUCACUAGCUCCUUGUCAGUUCUGUUUCUGCUUGAACGAAAAUAAACUAGUUUGUAAUACUGGAAACUAUAACACCAAAAAACUUCAACUGGGUACUUAUAACUUGAGCGUUUGCGGCAAAGAUCUCAUAAAAGAAGCAAUUGAACUCAUACCUGACUCUGAUAAGACUUUGAGACAAGGCGAAGGUACGUGGAACGUUGUAAAUAAAGGAACAAGUUCUAAACCAAGCACCAUACCACGGCCUACUGCUGUUACUGAAAACAGUAACAUUGUGAUUGAUGUCAACCAUGAAAACAAGGAAACAUUUGAGAAACCUAUUAUAAGAGAAAGGUAUGACACUCACAACGAAGAAUCGUCUUCCAUAGAGUCUGCAGAUGAGAAAUUCGAAUACGAUGGAAAAGCUGAAGGGACUCCUCAAGUAACUCAGAUACCGUUUCAAGAGGAUUACCAACUUUAUAGUAAAGAAUCAAGACAAAUAACACCUGAAAAGAGGGAAAACGAAGAAGAAGGAAAUGAUUCUGGCAAUGAGGUGGACCCGGGAUUAAAGAUACCAAUUGCAACUCAAAGGGAUAAGCCUUUUGAGAUCCCUCCCCGGGUUUCAUUGAAGAAUCUGGAAGAUUUAGGACAGCAACUAAAGAUAAACUUACCCAUGGUUCUGGACAAAGUUUUUAAGUUGGCUUUGAGGAAGUCCAUGGUGACGAUCGGUAAGGACGACGACUGUACUCCAGGAUCCGUAAAAACCGAAAACUGUAACACUUGUUUUUGUUUGAAGAAUAAUAAAAUGCUUUGCACCAAUAAUAAGUGUGAUUAA